AUGGCCGACAAACUCCGCACCCUCCAAAACCUCGAAGCGAUGCAAGCGCGCUACAUCGGAACAGGCCACGCCGACACGACGAAACACGAGUUCCUCUCCAACAUCGCGCGCGACAGCUAUGCAAGCUACGUUGGGCACCCGCCGCUGCUCGGGUACAUGGCUGUGGCCAUGGGUGAGCCGCGCGAGAAAGUGCGCGCGAUGAUGAUUGAGAGGAUGGUUCGGGGGGUUGGGGCGCCCCCGGAGACGCAGGAGUGA